GUUAAAUCGUAGUGCGAAUUUAGAUGCCAUUCGGUUCGGACGCUCAGCGGUUAUCGGUCGAGUGUGAGGUGGGCUUCCUUACCUAUUGCUUGAAGUGAGCUGGUCACAGGAUCAGUAAGUUUAUAAUUCACGGUCACCAAUACUGCGUGGUAAGGGCUUUCGCAACUCAUUUCGUAUCUAGCCAAGCUCUAUCGAGGAAUGGUGGAAGAGCCAUUGCCGCUACCGGAACCAUAUGAUUUGGUGAGCACGUGUUCGUGAGAAGCUGUGAAUGAAAUUGCGGUACCCCCCUUAGGAAACGUUUUCGCUCGCAAAAUAGUGCGAAGGUUAAACAAGUGAAAGUAUUGAAUUUUUGGGAGGAAACGUGAAAAUUUAGCUUUGUAAUAUGGAUGGGAAAUUAUGCUUUUAUGCAGUUUAUUGAUCGUGUUGUUGAAAGGUGCAUAACGUGUAUUGACAAUGUGCUCUAGAAUAGAAUACUCGGAAGAAUAGAAUGUAAAAAUAGUAUUCGAGGGACAGGUGUGGCACUUGAUGUUGUGAAUUCUUGAACCAAACAUCGACAGUCUCGGAUUAUCAUUGAGCAUACCAACUGCAUCGAUUUGAUACGGAUUUGGAGAUAACAAGGAGACUAAUCGGAAGCUGGAUGGAGCAUCUUUGAACAUCGUGGCUUCGACUGUUGGGCAACAACAUUAUGCACUGUCAUGACACAACGAAUAAUUAGUUUGUCAAUUCAUUAGUGUUCUCCUAUGCAAAAUAGUAUAUGUUGCUGAUCUGAUUAAAAUUAAGGCUCGCAGUUAGUGCAACAAAUAACAACUUACAUAGGUUACGUAGAACUAUCUGAAUAACACCAAAAAUGUCGAGUGCUGGUAGUACGCCCAUCAAUAGCCCGCGCAGGAUUUUCGGAAAGACAGCCACCCUUGAUAAAAAUGCCAUGUUGGAGUAUGAAUUGAACAAGAAUCUAGAUUGCAAUUUUCGAGAGAAAGCCGAAAAAGAACUGGGUGAAACGGGAGGCGACCUAACGUACACCAAGAUACGACAACUGCGCCAACAGUUAAACAUCUACGCUGAGCACCACCAAAGGGGACUUGGAGGGCGCCGGGAUGAUUCGUUCUUGCUGCGGUUUUUGCGCGCAAAGAAAUUUGAUGUGGAUAAAGCAUUCAAAAUGAUGCAAAAAUACUAUAAAAUGAAGGACGAAUAUCCGGAGAUUUUCAAGGUUUCUCCACCAUCGGAAAUGAAGUUCAUGCUAGAGAUGCAAAUACAAUGUAUGCUUCCAAAAAAGGAUGAAAGCGGACGACAGAUUUAUUUAUUUAGAGUUGAGAAAUGUGAUCCAUACAAAAUUCCAGUAGACUACGUAUUUAGAAGCAACGUGCUCGCCCUGGAGGACGCGGUACGUAACCCGGAGACACAAAUUGGUGGUCUGGUGGUGCUGUUGGAUAUGGCCGGACUGGGAUUUGCCCAUGCUAGGUAUUUAUCGCCACAUUUGGCUAGAAAGACAGUAGAAGUGGUGCAGGAGGCUUUCCCCAUGCGGUUCAAAGCGUUUCACGUGUUGCACGAGCCGUUCUAUUUUGAUGCCAUUCUGGCGGUGCUGAAACCAUUCUUGAAAGAUAAAAUUCGAAGACGGAUACACCUGCACGGAAACAAUCUGGCCUCGCUGCAUAAAUACGUCUCGAAGGACGUUCUUCCGGUGGAGUACGGCGGCAACCAGCCAUCGUUCGACAACACAGAGUGGCGUACGGCGAUCCUGGAGAACGAGCAGUACUUCAUCGAUUUGGAAUCGUACAACACGGACAGUGGACUAAUGGACGCUCUGGACAAUGCCGAUGCCGAGAGUAUCGAGAGUUUGCAGUUUGGCGAUACGGAAACCGAAGAUAGUGAAUUUGACGAAGACGAUAGGCGGGUUUUGAGCCCAAAACGAACACCCCGGUCGUUGGUGAAUAUUGAGGAGAUUUUUCUGAAGAAUGAGCUCAAUGGAAUUGAUAGUCCGGGGGGAAAUGGGAUUGAGAAGGAGGUGGAAGAUGUGAAAUAAAUCAUUUGUGAUUGUAGAGCUUUUCAUGGUUCAAGCUUCUUUUUAUUUGCACGGAAGAAUUUUCAAUAUUUAUAAGUUUUUUUUUCAGGAAAUAAGGACUUUGUUUUAGUUACAGCUAAAUCAGCAUUUGCUUUUAAGUUUGUCCCCAAUAAUGACAAUUUCCCUACUGCGUUUGCCAACGUUUUGCUGGUUUUGUUAAGGUACCGUAAUCUGGGGGAACAUUGAUCAUUUUUUUUAAUUGUUCGUCAACAUUCUUCCGGUAGUGAAAUCAUUGUUUUUUUUUGUAUUUUUGGAACGAGUACUGCUACAUUAUACUACUACUACAUUCUUGAUUAUUUGAUAACUUAAAAUUUGUUUUGCAAAUAUUAUUUGUCGAGUUUUUUGAAUUUUCAAGUUAGAAUCUCUUACGCUGAAGCGACUAAAUAACUAUGGGUACGAGCUUAAUUUGUUUUGAGUGCUUAUUUGGCAGCUUGCCAUGAGUUCAAAAAAUAAUGUUGAUUUUAUUGUUCAAAUUUUGACGUACAAAAUAAAAACAAACAAAACAAAUGCAUAUCAUUCAGCUGCAAAUUUAGUCAAGAUUAAGAUACCUAACUCACAAUAAGUACUUGUAAUAACAGAAAAUAAUAAUUUUUUCAACACUUGUCAUAAGACGAGUUGGUAUCUUCCCAUUUAAUUCCACCACUUGAUUGUACCUUGACAGAUACGUUUUUCGACCUCAACAGUAAGGUCAUUUUCAGUGUCUCGUACUUGACUCGACUAGUCCAUCAAGUACGAGACACUGAAGACGUCCUUACUGUCAAGGUACAAUCAAGUGGUGGAAUUAAAUGGGAAGGUACAAACUCGACUUAUGACAAGUGAGGACAUUCCACUAAAAAGCUCAAAAUAAUUUUCUUAUCAAUUUAUUCAUGUCUUGAAAAUGGUUAAACUGAUUAAUGUUACCUCGGCGAUCAAAGUUCCCCCGGAGUACGGUACUUGUAGGAAACAUGCAUUGUGAUGCCAGAUAUUGAGUUCAAUAGCGCACAGUUUUAUAUAAAUUAAUUAUAUUUUUAUUUUUUCUUCUUGUUCACCAAUAUAUAAUUAUUGCUGAGUGUAAUAUUCACAAGUUUCGAUGAGUGAUCGAACUGGUUUAUAAAUUACUAUGUUAGAAACCGAUUUUGAUACAAAAUAUCAAAACAAAAGCCUCAUACAGUCACUCUCAAAAUUGAGCGUACACCAUGGAUUAGAUGAAUGUAUUCGAAAAUUCCAAAGGAAAUUUAAUUGUUGGCUCGGUUGUUUUUAAUGCAUUUCAAUAUUCAUCCCUUCCUUCAAUGUAUGCGUACAUAAAAUGGUUGAAAUUUUUCCUCUAAAGUUCAUUUAUUUGAAAAUAAUCUCAAAAUACGCCUAUUAGAUGUGACAAAAUUGAGCGUACAGUUAAUGUUUUUCUAUAAAAUUUCUUAUUAUAAACACGAUUAAUGUAUUUUAAUGUUUUUUCAUUAUUAUAUUUAUAAUAAUAAUCAUCCGCUACUUAAACAUUCAAUGUUUUGAAAUUUAACCAUGUUUUGGUCAAAAUGGCGAACAAGUGAGAGGUGAGAACAUUGCUAUUUAACAAUUCAAUGCUGAUGGACGAAAUAGAUGCUUUAAUGUGUAUGUUUCACCCGCAUCGUGUCUUAUAUAUGAUAGAAAAUCGAAAUCGAGCUACACAUACGAUAAAUUUGGGAAAAUUCAGUCGGUAAAUGAUGAAAACAGAUGUAAACAUACAGAGAAAACGACAAAUGUUGGGAAUGACAUAAUUCAAAUUAAGUAUGUCUUUAACUUAAAUUUGUUUUAAAGCUCGAUUAUUGUCUCAGGUCUACCAUUAAGAGUAAUAUUAUUGAAUCCAAUCAUUCACAGUCAAAUUCUAAAAGUACAAGGUGCAUGUUAAGGUACCGAACAUAAAAACAGCUUUUCAAUCCCGUAGAGCACUUCUGAUUGAAUAUUGAAAAGAUAGCUUAAAAUCGUAAUUUCAUAAUUAAAUUUAGAUUGAACUCCACGGUCUGUUACCAUAAGGGAUACAAUUGGAUGAUUUCCAUGUGGCGAGUAAAAAUAAACUUUUUUAAGAGUUCGGCAGCUUAUUUAAUGAUACCUUGGUGAAUUUAAAUGAUUCAACCAAAUUUGUUCCUACGGUGACUGAGUCUUCAAAUAUAAAAUGACAUCUUAUAAUGUAUCCGUGUGCUCCUCUUUUAUUAAUAUUAUUAUUAAUGAGUGUCCUGAGCUUAUAAGCUACCUAUACAUCGACUUUUAAAUAAAGUUAUACUUAAUUUGAAAUAUGCCAUUCCCAACAUUUGUCGUUUUCUUUGUAUGUUUACAUCUGUUUUCAUCACUUACCGACUGAAUUUUCCCAAAUUUAUCGUAUGUCUCGCUCGAUUUUGAUUAUCUAUCAUAUAUAAGACACGAUGCCGGUGAAAUCCAUAUCUUAGAGCAUUUAUUUUGCCCAGCAGCAUUGAAUUUUUAAAUAGCAUUGUUUAUACAUCUUACUUGUUCGCCAUUUUGAUUAAAACAUGGUUUAAUUUCAAAACAUUGAAUGUUUAAGUAGCGGAUGUUUAUUAUCAUAAAUAUAAUCAUGAAAAAACAAUAUUAAAACACAUUUAUCGUGUUUAUAAUAAGAAAUUUUAUAGAAAAACAUUAGCUGUACGCUCAAUUUUGUCACAUCUAAUAGGCGUAUUUUGAGAUUAUUUUCAAAUAAAUGAACUUUAGAGAAAAAAUUUCAACCAUUUUAUGUACGCAUACAUUGAAGGAAGGGAUGAAUAUUGAAAUGCAUUAAAAACAACCGAGCCAACAAUUAAAUUUCCUUUGGAAUUUUCGAAUACAUUCAUCUAAUCCAUGGUGUACGCUCAAUUUUGAGAGUGACUGUAUAAAAAAAAAUUAAAGCUUGUUAAGCUUCUUAAGUUCUUUCAAGUCUAAAAUACGAGUUUGCACAGAUCCAUUAGAUUGCCUCACUUUAAGUGUAUCUAGAUCUUGACAAAUACCCAAGUGUAUUAUAACUUAACUGCAGUUUAGGGAGCACCCAUAAAUUACGUAACGCUCAGAGGUGGGAAGGGGCUCCAGUGGCCUAAAGUGUGACAAUUCAUACAAACAUUUUCAAUUAUUCAAACAAAAAAAUGGGUCAUAGGGGGGAGGAGGGUUAAAAAUUGCCAUUUUCGGCGUUACGUAAUUAAUGGAUCUUCCCUUUGUGUUAUUCACUUUCUCGUCUCGAAUAGAAUUUAGCGUGGAUAUCUGACUUAGACGAGAUCUUGCUUAACCCAGUGGUAUGUUGCGAGGCUACAAAGCAAAACCAUGUAAAAGUUGGCUGAAUUCCAAGUCCGGACUAGGAAAUUUACGUGUAGAAAAAUGUUUCGACUUCACUAAACAUAACAGUAUAGACGUGUUGUCUCAGGUACAUGAUUGCAAAAAUGGUUACUUGACUUAAAAAUCUCACUGUGGAAAAGCUCAAUGAACCGUAAGCUGCGAGGGGACAAUUUCCCAAUAAUGGGUGAUGUGAUAGACAACGAAAAAGAAGCAUAUAAUGAUGCAUAUAAUAAUCCUUAAUUUGAAUAUUCAUCUUGCCAUGAAUGGGAAUUCAAAGGUAUUUUAGGCAAUUCGUAAUAAUUUGCUCAAAAUCAUAUAUUUUAAAUAGGUUGGUAUUGUACGGCAUGGAGCACUGAAAAAUCAUGAAUGAACAUCGUAUCCGUAUUACCAAGAGUAGGUACGAAGUACAAAACUUUGCAAAAUGAGAAUCGUAGAUGCAGAAACAGAUGAUAGCAACAAAUAUGACAUACGCUUAAAUGAAACCAAUGAAACGAUAGCGAUUUAUAUUUAUAUUUGAUAACAAAGAUGACUAUAUCUCAUUACGUUCCAUCUUCCCAUUCAAAAGAGUUUACCAUAUUUAAAUACUAGAACAGAUCGCUCAAUAACAUCACUACACGUUCAAUCUAGUUAGUAACACUGUUCAAUUAGACCAUUUGCCUCCUGAAAAAGUAAUAGAUUUUUAGUAAAUCGUGCUCAAGAGAAAAGAAAAUUAUAUUUCAUGAGCUUCCGCGCAUUAGGCAAAAAAAUUAAAUCCACAUUGCAUGCUACUUGCAUAUUCCAACUUUUGCAGAUGUCAAUCGAUCCGAACAAAUACAAAUAAAUUGUGAAUCAA